AUGAAGCCAGCGUACGGCAUACCGGCGUACGGCGUAAAGGAACUAGGCCAAUCACAGGCUUUACGCCCGUUGUCGGUAUGGCAGCAAAAACAUCGGCUGUCCCAAGGAGCAAGAUUAUGGUUAGACAAUUUUAAUAUCGAAAAAAGAUUUGCACAAGAGGCUAGCAACAAUCUGGUGCAAGAAAUGACUUUUGAAGAUGUCGAAAAAUUUUUUAAUUAUUUUCGUAUGACACCUGAAACAUUUGAAAAAUUGUUGCAUAUUGUUUCACCGCAUAUACAGAAACAAUUUGUUAUUCGUGAGCCAAUUUCUGCUCGCACUCGCCUUCAAAUCUGCUUACGAUAUUUAUCUUCAGGAGAUAGCAUAGUAUCCAUAUCAUAUGCAUUUCGUGUAGGACACAAUACAGUGUCAAAGAUUGUAUCAGAGACAUGCGAUGUAAUAUGGGAUACUUUAAAAGAUAUGGUAUUCCUAAAAGCAACUGAAGAUAACUGGCGAAGAAUAGCCGAUGAAUUUGAAGAAAAGUGUAAUUUUCCCAAUUGCAUUGGCGCAAUUGAUGGGAAACACAUAAUAUUACAAGCAUCUCCGAAUAGUGGUUCGAUGUAUUACAAUUACAAAGGCACUCAUAGCUUGGUGUUAAUGGUUAUUGUUGAUGCUAAUUAUCGGAUCUCAUUACUGGACAUUGGUGCGCCAGGAAGACGUAGCGAUAGUGGAGUAUUUUAUGCUAGCGAGAUUGGCAAACGAUUACAAAACGGAACGCUGUCAAUUCCUCUACCGAAACCUGUGGAACAUGGUGGCCAGGUUUUACCAUUUAUUUUAGUCGGUGAUGAAGCAUUUCCGUUAACGCAGUACAUGCUGAGGCCAUAUCCUAGAAGUGGCAGACUUAACAGACGCAAAAAUGUAUUUAACUAUUGUUUAAGUCGAGCUUGCAAAAUUGUGGAAAAUGUUUUUGGGAUACUCUCUGCAAGAAUGCGAAUAUUUCGCAAACCGAUAAUUGCCAGCAUACCUACUGCCACUAGAAUAAUCAAAGCGACUACGUGUUUACAUAAUUUCAUAAUAUCACAAGAACUGAAGCAACCACAUACGCAAAGAAGAUAUAUGACAUUAAAUGCACAUGAACGAGAAUUGCGUGACAUAGGUAUGGAAGAUGUAGGAACGUUCGACAGAAGCAUACGAAAAAUAGUGCUAAAAUAA